AUGGCAGUGUCCGUAGCUAAUUACCAAAGCGACCCAACCCAGGGAAAAUUAGCCACCCUAGUAUACGAUGACGAAAAUGUCUCGUUGGUGAAUUUUCUACCGCCACGCCGUCUUUCAAUAUAUGAAAAUACUGUUGCACAACAGACUAAAACCACAACCACAACUGAAGCGAGUACUGGAAAACAGACUGCAAUGCAACGUGAUAGAGCUUCUAAUGGUGGUAAUCAUAUUAGCCUUGCUAGCCGGCAUAGCAUGUAUAAUAGUAGCGAUAUUCAGCCACGUAAUAACAAUAAUAAAAUACGGCGGAGGGCUUCUAGCUAUAACGAUCAUAAUGAUAAAAAUCACAUUCGUCCUAAUAAUAAUAGACAUCAAUCAAUGCCAACUCGACGAUUCCCAGAAAUUCAAAAACCACAAAUUUAUGAAGAGAUUUAUAUAGGACCACAAAAAAUCGAAGCAAUAUCACAAAAAACGGAAAUUAUUACAAGGGCUGCUGCUCCACAACAACAAUUGGUGGAAACUGAGGUUGUUGGAAUUGACGGAGAAAAAAAUCGUAUAAAAGACCAACAGCAGCAAACACAACAAUCAUUAUCGAAACAACGUACACAAUCUCUAAAUGAACAAAGAUUAUCUUCAAAUCCAAAUCGUUCCAUUCGUGGAUCUCCAGUCGAUUUAAGAAAAUCAAUGUUCAAAGAUAAAGACCAAAUGUCAAUUACCAAUCGAAUUCGACGGAACGGAUCAAACUCCACUUCAAAAGCUGAUAGGCGUCGAAGUGACGGCGUGAUUUAUGACAAUAAGAAAAACAGGAAUAGCAGCAGUAAUAGUAAUCGCUCUUCUUAUAAUAACAAUCGGAAUGACAUUGAUUCUGAUCGAUCUCAGCUUUCAUCAAUUUCGCCUGCAAAUGGCGACAGUGGUAGCAAUUUCAAGCAUAAUAAUGGUGUAAGACGUAGAUUUAAUACUGCGCCAGCUUCAUCUAAUAGGCGUCGCUCUUUUAUUGACAUUUCAUCUUUAUUCAAAAAUGACAAAAAGCCAGAAAAAGAAUCAUCAGAGCAAGAUAAAAAUACACAACAAAAGAAUACAUCGUCGUCAUCGUCAUCAGAACAGCAACGCAGAAAAAAGAGACACGAUGAACGAAAGAAGAAACGUAUUUCCGAUGAUUUAAAGGAUGUUUCUUUUUCUAAUGCGGAAACAGUUACCAAAGAUGAUUUUGAUGAAAUUGGAAUAAAAAAUCAAGAGAUAGGAGGAGUUGCAGGAGUAGGAAGUGUCAUACCACCAAGGUCUUCCUCGAUGCCGUUCGUAUAUCAUUAUAGUCCGGAACCUCAGCAGUUGCAUCAGCUUCAGCAAAUACAACAAUCGAAUAAACAGCAAUUUUUUAAUUCACCCGAAUUUCCAUCAGACAAUAUUAAUAAUGAAGCUUACAGUGAUGUUCAUGAAGAUCACGAAGAUAAUAUACAAUCUUACCGACCAUUCUCCCUCCCUCCACCAUCAAAACAUAAGACUGCUUUGAAACGUUAUAGUACUCCUACUUCGAUCAUAAAGAAUACCAGCAGCAAAAAUAACAAUACUUUCACAAACUCACCUGAAACCUACGAUUCCCAACCCCAAAAUAAUCCAUAUUCAAAACAUCUUUCCCAAGCAUCUCAUUCUGUACCAUCACUUGGCGCUGUUCGAGAUACCGAAGUCACUCCCUCACCUUCCACACCAUCUCUUAAACGACUGCAAUUCUCUUCAACUAUAUUUAUCCAUGAUACUUGGACAAAAGAAGAUUACGAUCGUAGUGGUGAUCAGACGACUUGCAAUAAAUUAACACCAAUGCUAGCGCAAAGAAUCAAGCAGGAAUUGAAUGAAUAUAAAUUGAGUGAAAUGCCAGUACACGAAGCGAGCAAACAAAACACUCAUUUUUUCGCGUAA